CGCAAAAGAGUUGGAGUUUUCACCCUGCACCGCCCGGUAGAAUGGAGUAGUAGUACCAAUCUUGUAGAUAAAGAAUACUAACGCAGAGUAAGCGUCAGCUAGCACUGGCCAGUCGGCUGUAUUUAGUAUGCACACUGUGUUUCUUUAUCGCGUCGACACCUGAUUGUUGUGCUGGUCUUGUGCUGUGUGAACUUCAUUGCAGUGUGUGGGCCCAUUCAAGGUGACCUCUUGGACGCUGGUAUACUCAAUAUAGACCUACGACCUAAUAAAAUCGCUGCAGAUCGGAGCGUUGCCUGAAAUAAAGAAAGGUCACCGCGCAGUGUCCAUUCACCGGCCAAAUUAGCUAAAGCGAUCAGAGCUGACAAUUUUCUUCACCGAAAUUUGUCCUUAAUAAGGUCAGAAUGCGCCCAAGAAGUUUGUUCGCUCUACAGGUGGGCUUUUGUCGUCCACUUUAAGAGCGUACAGCUGUCGUCGCAAGUUGGCAGCUACCAACAUUACCCGCCAGUACAUGAAACUUCGAGAUGGAUAUAGCAAUGAGUGCCGAACAGGAGCGACUGCUUUCAAGGGCAUUUCUAGAAGAGCGUCAUGACUAUCAGGAUAACUUUCAAAGCCAGAAACGACGCAAAUCAAACAAACGCAGUAAACGCAAGAAGAAAGGAUUUGGGGUCCGAGAUAACCUGGAACAUUUUUAUAAUGAAGAAGUAGACGAAUGGAGUGCGGAUGGAGUUAUCCUCGAAAACCAGACCGUACACAGAAGACUGCUCCGACUUCCCGUGUGGAAAGGGAUUGCUUACGCGGGAGCUGCUCUCAUGUUUGUAGCUGUCGUAUUGUUGGCCUUAGGUCAUGGAAUUCCAAAGCAGGAUCCCGUUUUAGGCGAUAAGGAUGGCAUCGAACUGAUCCGCACAUCCGCGCUGAAGUUCAAUCGCUUCCUAAGAACGUGCCAGGUUGUAGGUCUUGCACUGUUUUGCUCCGGGGGAUUCCUCGUCGCUGGAGGUUUGCUGAUCGGCACUUUCUGCGCAUCGGAGAAGCUGGACGGUUCUCGACAUUCGCUGGUCGAGUCAUUUGUCGUGUCGGUACAACCGGACCCGCCGCGGAUUCCUCAAGAACGUAAGGUCCCCGCAACGGAGAACGUCGCCUCGGUGCAGCCAUCAGCUGCCCCAGCCUCAUUACGAGGGCAUUCCUUCCAGAAGUAUAGUCAGUAGAAUUAAUAAUAGUAUGGUGCUAUUUGUUUUUCUAUUUAACGAAAAAUACCACCCUUUACUAAUCACAGUGGUUUAGAUGGAACAUUCUCACAACUCAUCAGCACCUAUUAGGUCCCCCACCAUUUAUUUUCAUAGUGAUCAACAUUUACAAAUGUAAAUCAGGUUAGAGAUAAUGUUAUGGACUGUUAUAUAUAUAUAUAUAUAUAUAUAUAUAUAUAUAUAUAUACUUGAAAGGAAAUAGAGGAGCUGCGUCUUGACACAAUCAAUCUUUAGGAUGUAACAAACGACGAAAUAUCUGCCAUAUGCGGUCGAAUCUCCGAAUCGACAAAUGGCAAAUGUUACGGCUGUAGACGCCGCCAACUCUGGCAGGAGAAACGUCGAGCCUAAGUCCGGCCAAACACAAACACAUACGUUACCGAAAAUUGCCAUCGAGGGUCUGGACGAUCAUUGCCAAGCAUGUUGUCCAGCUUACUUAUUUGGCCGAUUACAAUUUGAAUGAACCCGCUACGUUCUUGUCGACAAAUAGAGCGUGCCGAUGCGCGGCGAAGCGACGAGUGAGAUUGCAUCCUUGUCCGAUGACAUCACAACGUCGUUGUCUUUGGGCUUUCGUGGUCCGCCGCUCUGGUGUGAUUCUGAUUGACUGUUGACUCAUAUUGGUAAGAUCUAGCGAUCGUUAGCCUCUUGGUGCCAUCGUUGUGCAGAAGCGAUGUGCAUUGUUAAUAUGGAUGGCAUAUGGGCACGUGUCGUCGUUGUCCCACGUCAACAUAGUCAUUAUAUCGGGUACAAUUUCUAUAGUUCUCACGUGCUCGUAAUUAAAUUGUGAGUACGGAAACGAGUUUUUCGUAAACCAGGAAAAGGGUCAAAACGCCAGAAUAAUGUCACUAUUAGGUUAGUGGCAAUUAUGAGACAAGAUAAAUUAGCAAAUAGAGAAAGCAGUUUCAUUGACUCCAAGCAUACAUAUAUUUCUUGAUACGAAGCAAAUGUUGUGAUCAACUUACUGAUCGUGCUUCUCCCAUGCUUUUGUCAUUCAUAGGACGAUCAGUUUCUCCCUAUUUACCUGAUUCCGAUCGCAAACAUUAAGAGACUCAGACCUUUUACAUACAGUAUACUGUGGUAGCUGCGUCGAUUUCAUUUGUAUAGUAUAUUUAUAUAGUAAGCUCAAAUAGUUAUUUUCUAAUAAUAGUAGUUAUUGUAAGUUUGUUUGAUUCAAUGUAUGUUUUUUUACAUUAACUAUACGUUAAUAUUUUUUCUGGUGGACUUCCUACCAGCCAGCCCAACAAAUAAGCAGUGUUAGACAAGUCUGCUUUUCUGCUAAUGCUUGUGCAAAUAUAAAAUGUAACUACAGUACACACUGAAAAAAAUUUUCGAGAUUAUCGUAUUACCGAACUCCGACCUUCAGCAGUAGUAGAAGCACAUUAUCGAAAGACAGACAGAUCAAUCAAAAGGUUGUUACCGACUUCGCGAUAUACUUCGUUCACCUUUGAAGAAGCCUAUGAAGAAGGCGUUUGGGAACGCUACAAGCUAACGCUAAUAACAAAGCGUUCUAAAACAGUUACACACAUCGAAAACGAGAACUCAGAAGCGCUAACUGUGAACAGUGGCUUCUUAUUAGUAUAUAUAUAUAUUAGCUGUGGUAGAUAAUGAGAUCUAGAAGUAUAGUUGUGACAACUUCUAAAAGGAGAUCUAGGUCUCUAAUCAGUGGGUAUUGACAAAUAACAAAGUCACACACGAACUGGUGUGUAUAUAUAUGCCAGGGAUAAGAGUGAAGCUUAGGUAAUUCUAGGAUGUACAAUGUUAUCAAAAUGCCCACAUGUUAUUAGCCGCUGGGCAACAUGCCAAAAAGGCAGUGGGAAGAAAAGUUUAAAGAUAUUUUAAUUUUUCGUACUUGUAACGUCGCGGUAGUAGUUAGGGAGCAUUCGUCGUUUUGAAGGACUGUGCUAGACAAGGACAAACACAAAUCUUACUGAUCAAGUAAAAGACAUGAGAACCCAAGUGGAUUAAUGUCAGAUUGUUACCUAAUGCAAACGCUAUAAUACGCAGAGAUUGAGGUUUAUUUUUUUAUGUGAUUGGAUUGAGCUAGCGGGUCAGGUACAUCAAGGCAAUACCUCAUUAAAUCAACACCCUUUUUAAAUAUAAGAAAUCUAUUAAAACCACUACUGAAAUACACUCCGAGCCGUUUAAACACGAAACUUAGACGCAGCCGAUAGACAAAUCAGACUUUCUGUCUAUAUAAAGCUAUCAUCAUCUAGGAAAGUUACGUCGCGUAUUUGACGUUGACGGCAUAAAUCUAUGCUGUAUUCGAGAGGAGAAUACGGUUAGGGUUAGAUGAAGCAGAACAACAGCUUAAACCCGAUGUUUGUUGUGUGUGACAUUUGUUGAAAGGUAUAGCAACAUUAAUGGGGGCUAUGAACGAUCAAAAUAUGCGUGGAUGUAUCCGCGCCAUUAUUUGCGUAAAAACAACAACGAUGUGGAGGAAAAUCGCAAACUAUUAGACUAAUUAGUCAUACGUAAACUUAAUACUAGGAUUGCGCAAAAUCACUUUGUGGUAAAGGACUGGACAAAAAUAACCCAGCUAUCUCUCCUUACAAAAAGUAAAAACAAACAAAAAAAAAGAAUACAAAUUUA